AUGGCUACAGAUUUCUGGGAAAGCUCGCACUAUAAACGGUGGAUUGUUGACCGAGCUACGUUGGCACAGGCGAGAUACGAUGACCUCCAAUACGUCGACGAUCCGGAGUACUUGGAUUUUCUGGCGAUUUAUUUUGCAAAUUUGAUCACGAAAUUGGGGAAGAAACUGCAAUUUCGUCAGCGGGUAAUUGCUACGGCUACGGUGUUCUUCCGCAGGUUCUACCUCAAGAACUCGUAUUGCGAAACAGAUCCAUUUACCGUCAUCGCUGCAUGCUGUUAUCUAGCGGCUAAAGCAGAGGAGUCGCCUAUCCAUAUCAAAGUGAUCGUGGCGGAGUCGCGGGCAAUGUUCAGCCAAGAAAACUACAACGUCAAGAAUUUCUCAUCAGAUAACGGCAAGAUUGCAGAAAUGGAGUUUUACCUUGUUGACGACCUAGAAGGCGAUCUGAUUGUGUUCCACCCAUAUCGAACGCUCCUCUCGUUAUGCAGGAAGGAGAGCAGUACUUCGUCAUCCAAUUCGGAAGAAGGAGAAGCCGAUGAAGGACCUGGGGUGGGCAUUGAAGAUGGUCCUCGCUAUUGGGGCACUGGAGAGGGUCAACUUGAGCUGCCAUCAGCUGCUCUCCAGACUGCAUGGUCUAUCAUCAACGACACCUACAGAUCACAAUUGUGUCUUCUUCACCCACCUCACCUCAUUGCUAUUGCUUCCAUUUACCUAACAUUCAUUCUUCACCCCCCUGCCCGACCUGACGCCGCCCACACGUCAGACCAUGAUCAUGCGAAUGAGCCUUCUCCCGAGCACCCUACACCGGCCCGUCAGCCCCGCAGGUCAUCGCGCCAGGCAAAUCAAGCUCCGAGCCACGCAACAUCACCGAAGAAGCCGCAAGAUCCAAUUGCAUUUCUCGCAGACCUGAACGUCUCCCUGCCUCUAGUGGCCUCUAUCGCGCAGGAAAUCAUUUCGCUAUAUACAUUAUGGGACCAAUACAAGGAAGAUGUCUCGUCCGAGGCCUCGAAGCUUGCACGCGAGCUCACCAACUCACCUAUGUCCAGCGGUGCAAGCCCUCUGAAGCGCGCUGGAAGCCGCAGUGAGAGUGCACUGACAAGCGUAGGCGGUGGUGGAACACCUGGUGCGGAGAGCAGAGAUGAUACCGUCGAUCCGGAAGGGAACUAUAUCACCCCUGCGUUUCUAUCUUCGGUGCUGCAGCGAAUGCGGGAGGCCAAGUUGAUGGACAUGGCACCUCGCCCUGUCGCAGUCAACAAACGGCUCGAACGGACGCUAGCAGCUGGCUAG